AUGCCGAAACGCAAGUUGGCGUUCAAUGUUAACUUACAAGCAAAAUAUCCGUUUAUUAAGCAAAUAAAUACUCCCUCGGAUGUCAAAUGUGGAAAGUGUCGUACAGAAUUUAGCGUUUCCCACAGUGGUGCCAGGGAUAUUGAACAGCAUUUAAAUUCUAAAAAACAUAAAAAUGCUGAUCGUGCCGCCGCUUUGAGCCCUUCAUUGUUAACCUUUUUCAAGAAAUCGGACGCACCAACUUCAAAAGAUUUAGAUAUCGCCGCAACAGAAGGCGUCUGGGUUUAUUACAAGAUACAAGAAAACCACAGUUUUCACUCUAAUAAUUGUGCAUCGAAAUUAAUUCAAUCAUGUUUUGAUCCCAAAUUUACAUGCGCGCGUACGAAAUCAGACCUAUUAUAG